AGCAGGCAGAGAGAGUUGUGAUGGCCACUGCCGCCGGAGUCCAUAUGGUACCGAUAUCGCAGCAUUUCAUCAUGACCACGCUCGCGCUGUUCCAUCGCUUGCAAGAGCAAAUUCUCGUCUCGCAGGUGGACAAACGAUGGGGCAAGGGCGACGAGUUCGGUGGGCGGUUGUUCAUCCAGGAGCUGAGGGGGAAGACCGUAGGCGUCCUGGGAUACGGACAUAUCGGACGUGAAUGCGCACGCCUGUCGGCAGCAUUCGGUGCGAAGGUGCUCGCUGCAACGAGCGACGGCCAGAAGAAGCCGCAGACGGGCUAUAACGAGGACGGUAUGGGCGACCCGGACGGGAGUAUCCCUGAUGCGUGGUUCUCGACAAAGGACGAGAAGUCAUUCCAGGAGUUCCUGUCGGGAUGUGACGUGCUCCUGCUAGCAUUGCCGUCAACAGGCGCGACGCACCACAUCCUGUCGCCAACGACAAUAGACCAUCUGCCCUCACAUGCGGUCAUCGUGAACAUUGGGAGAGGAGACACGAUCGACACAAACGCUUUGCUACAAGCGCUCGACGAGAAGAGGCUCGCGGGAGCCGCUCUUGACGUCGUCGAAGAGGAGCCGCUCCCAGAUGGCCAUCCACUCUUCGGUAGGAGAGACGUGCUCAUAACGCCGCACCAGAGUGGACGAACGACCAUGUACUUCGAACGAUGCAUACAGAUCUGCGUCGAGAACUUGCGGCGGCUGAGGGAUGGCGAGGAGGUCUGGAAUCGGGUUGAAUUCAAGAGGGGAUAUUAGACGCACGUUGUGUUGUGCGUGUCGCAUGCUUUUACGGCAAGAGGUAGAGAUGACAUAGAUCUAGAAUAAGCAUGGGAUAGAUUCCCGCUCUGUAUGACAGAAACUUGAGGUACUU